AUGGAGCUCAACGCCUUUACCUUUCAUCAAAUUGCCGUAUUCAUUGCCAUUGGGUAUCAUGCCAAUACCCAUUCAACUGUUGAUGGAUCCAAGGUAGAAACUUCCGACAGUGACUCCAGUCACGACAUUGAUGUCUCGUAUUGCGGCAUGAAUUGUACGGUUGAAAAUGGAGUCUCGAGGGGGUGCAACGGAGAUUGUGUAUGUGUACAUCACGGCAAUGAACCCAAUGGUAUCUGCAUAACCUUCACGAAUUUAGGAGAUUUAGGAAAUCCUCUCGAAGAUCCGAGCAUCGAUAAUGCAACGCCUUUGACACAAAUUUUUGCAGACGAAACAUAA